AUGGACGAAACCAUUGAGGAGGUUACUUUAUGCAAAGUUGACGUUGAUCCUAUAGUUUUGGAAAGAUCAAUUGUUCGACAUGGCGAUGAUGACUUCAUAAACGAUGAUGAAGAACAAUUAUCUCCCAAUAACAAUUUAAAUACGAUGUCAACCCUUAAUACGCAACAAGAAGCUGAUGAAGAAUUUCAGGAGCAAGAGAUAUAUCUAGGCAACACGGAAUCUUCUAUGGGUGACACUUCAGAUAGUAGCUCUGCAUCCACUCGGAGGAAACGUGAGCAUUCGCGAAACAUCGAGUUGGAAAAAUACGUCCAAAAACAUGUACGAUGUCGUACUUUUGCUGAGGUUCCAAACAAGUUUAUAGAAUUGGCUAAGAGUCAAUUGUUGCCUCAUUUCGUACUUGAUCUAUCUAGUCAACGACUUAACCAUUUUGUAGAACAUCAAAUGCAAAACUCCUUCAAAGAAUUUAGAGCUGAUUUGCAUAGACAUUACAGAAAAUGUGGAGAUCCUCAGCAAGCACGUGCCAACUUGCCUAGGUUCCCAACCAACCCCACUCCAGAAGAUUCUCAACCACUAAAAGGGGAUGAAAUUUGUGAGACGGUUUUGGGUAGACGACUCGGAUAUUCAAAAGGCCUAAGUUGGGGCCUUAAACCUAAGUCAAUAAGGGGUAGNAUAAGGGGUAGCAGCUCAUCAAGUUCGUCAUCUACUCAAGGAACAGAGAGGGAAGUGAGGGAAUUGAGAGCCAAUUUCGAACAGUCUCAGUCGAGGAUUAAGGAACUUGAAGAUCCAAACAGUCAUGGAAUAUGGAGGAGGGAUGAUGUAGAAGGUUGGAAGCCAAUUGUGAAGGCUGUUCAUAACAAAGAAGCCAUCUUCUUUUGUCAGCUUUGGCAUGCUGGAAGAGUUUCAUCCUUGAAUUCUUUUCAACCAAAUGGUGAACCUUCAAUAUCGUGUAUCGACAAGCCACCGUCGAUUAAGAAACAAAUAACCAGAGGCAUAGUAUCGGAAUAUCCCCUUCCUCAGCCAUUAACAAUGGAGGCGAUUACUCAAGUGGUUAACACUUACAGAGUGGCGGCUAGAAAUGCCAUAGAAGCUGGUUUCAACGGAGUUGAGAUUAAUGGAGCCAAUGGGUACUUAAUCGAUCAGUUUCUCAAAGACCAAGUCAAUAGCAGGAGGGAUGUUGAAUAUGGAGGAAACUUAGAAAAGCACUACAGAUUUUGUCUAGAAGUUGUGAAAGCUGUGAGUGAAGAGAUUGAAGGUAUUAGAUUGUUGCCAUUCGCUGAUUACCACGAAUGCGGCGACUCUGAUCCUAAAGCUCUAGGCAAGUUCUUGUGCAAAUCAUUGAACAAAUACGGAAUUUUGUAUUGUCAAACAAUCGAGACAAGGAUGUUAACUCAGUUUGAGAAAAGUGCGGGGGAAGAAAGAAGCUUGUUGGCGAUGAAAAAAGCUUUUAAAGGAACCUUCACUGUGGCUAGCGGAUACAGUAAGGAAGUAGAGGAAGUGAUUAGAAAUGGCGACGCCGAUCUUGUUGCAUUUGGAAGGUUGUUCUUGGCAAAUCCAAAUUUGCCUAAUAGAUUUCAACUUGAUGUUGCCCUUAACAACCAUGAUCGAAGUACUUUCUACACUCAUGACCCUGUAAUUAGCUACACUGAUUAUCCAUUUCUUGAAAUGAAUUAA